AUGGGUCACCACGGAGACCUGGCUUUGAACGAUAUCAUUCGAUAUAUGUUAUCGCAAUCGUUGGAUUUCACCCCUGGCUUGAAAUACCAGUAUUGCAAUCUGUGUUACAGUGUCUUAGGCCAGAUAAUUGAAGCUGUGAGUGGCAAAGAGUACAGAAGCUACAUCCAAGAUACGAUUUUGACCCCUCUUGGCAUGUGGCACACAAGGAUAGGUCCUCAUCAUAGCAGUCGACAAAUAUACGGAUCGCAGCCAAAUCUGAUACCGACAUUGAAGUUCGAAGAUGGAUACAUCCUACUUGGGAAUGAUUCAAUUAAUUCAGGCGUAAACUACGCAUUGUUAGAUUCCACAUUAGGGUGGUAUUCCAAUGUCUAUGAUAUGAUGAGGUUAAUGAAAGGUAUUGAAGAUAUCAUAAAGCCGGAGACAUUGGAGCUAAUGCUAGGUAAGCCAUUCAUAUUUGAACAUUCCGAUACCUGGCACGGAAUCGGUUUUAGGAUUCAUAACCACAAUACAUGGUGGCAAACGGCUGACUCGCAUGACAAUGAGCUUGUGCUUUAUCAUCAGAAUGGUGGCAGUUCUGGCACUGGGCGACAUAAACAUAGUCCCAAACAAAGACUGAGCUGGGUUAUAUUUCUGAAUGGAAAUCAACGAAAAAAUGUUCACAAACUAACAGCAGAUAUUGUAAAUUCUGUGGAACAGUGGCCAAGUGAUGAUCAUUUCAUUGAUGACUGCAGUGACUCUCUUCAUGAGUUAAAAGAUGGAAAGUUGGUUCUGAUGAAGUACAGACUGCCUGAACACCAUUUGCAGGCCUAUGGCAUUGCCCUCGCUAAUUAUCAAUAUUAUCCUAUAUGGAUAAGUGGCUAUACAGUACAGGAUAGAACAUAUUUCAGUAUAAUCUGUCAACAAGAUCCCAAAACAGAUCAUCUUCACGUGCUUUACAAGUUGUUCUAUGAUCUUGAUAGUUAG